AUGGGAAACGAAGAGUCAGCCAUGGUGAGCGACUCCACUCACCCCUCGGUGUUGGAAGCUCGCAAUAUCGACGGAAUUGCCAGAUAUGUUAAGAAACACAAUGUUCAGAAUAUUGUGAUGAUGGUAGGAGCGGGAAUAAGCACCUCAGCAGGCAUCCCGGAUUUCCGAUCACCAGAGACGGGACUCUAUGCCAACUUGGCUAUGCUGGACUUGGAAGAACCUGAAGAUGUAUUCGACAUAGGUUUCUUCAGACAAAACCCGAAGCCGUUUUACGCCUUGGCGCGUGAACUCUACCCCGGACGCUAUCGCCCAACCGUCGCACACGCCUUCAUUAAAUUACUGCAUGAAAAGGGCCUGCUAUUGAAGCAUUUUACUCAGAACAUCGACUGUCUUGAGCGCCAGGCGGGUGUUCCUGGUGACAAGAUUAUUGAAGCGCAUGGCAGCUUCGCUACACAGCGGUGCAUCGACUGCAAGGUGCCCUAUCCGGACGAUGAGAUGCACGAGAUUGUUGAGAAAGGCGAGGUGCCGCUCUGCAAGGAGUGCGGCGGUCUGGUCAAGCCCGACAUUGUCUUUUUUGGUGAAGCCCUUCCCGAGAGUUUCUUUCAGAACCGCUUUCUACCAGAAGAGGCGGACCUUUGCAUUGUGAUGGGGACUAGUCUUUCGGUCCAGCCAUUUGCCAGUCUCCCCCAAAUGUGCAAACAGGGAACGCCUCGCGUGCUCAUCAACAUGGAUCGCGUUGGGGGUUUGGGAUCACGACCGGAUGAUGUUCUUCUACUAGGUGAUAUUGAUGCAGGUGUGAGGAAGUUUGCUAAAGCUAUGGGCUGGGAUGAAGAAUUGGAGGCUCUCUGGGAAGAAACCAACCCGGAUCCGAAGUCGCGUGAAGCCGAGGAUGCCUCUCCCCAGACACGGGACGAGCGGCUCCAAGACGAGGUCGAUCGGCUCACAGAGGAAAUUGAGCGGACUGUGGGGAUAUCGAAUGCCUACGAGAAGCGCGUGCGCGAGAAGCUGGAGUCGAAAGACACCGUUGAAUCUGGACUGGCGCAUGUAUUUCCACACUUGGCGCGCAAAUCCCGUUAG